UGAUGGCUUUUCGUCUUCUUCUUUUUAAGCGGCGCAGAUGAAACUUCUUGCCGUAUAAACGUAGUAUCUUCAUUAAAAUAAGUAAAUUAAUGGGUUAGGCGUCGGUAUGGGACGGUGUUAACAUCUUGGCUAGUCAUUCCAUUGGCUUGCAGCUCCAUUGCUAGCAGUAGGCGUGUAGGUACGGGCUGCUGAGCUCUCAAUCGCCAAGUGGCAUCAUCUGGAAGGAGACGGGUCCAUCACUUCGUGCUCUAAGUCUACUGAUGUCGGGCUGGGGCUAAGUUUACAGGCUUUACCAGAGAUAUACUCAAAUAUAAGGGCAUAUGCGGGAGCAGUGGAGUAAAUUAUGUGAGUUUUUUCCGGCAGGGACGGAAACGCCGAGCGAGCGCUUCACAUCCACCCGAUCUGCGGACGGGCGGCUAAAGCCCCGUUUGAACGCCUUGGGCUCUGUGCAAACGGAUUGAAUUCCGGUGCAGGGAGAUUACUGCCUUUGCAACUCGUUUUUAGAGAACCUCGCUGGCGCUGUGAUGCGGCAGUAGGCCCGGUUCAGCAUCUGUCGGAUCUCUGCGGACCUGCCCCAGGAGGGUGGAGGGGGGGGGGGCGGCUCCCCAAAUCAGCAUCCUGGAACCGUCCUGGACCUCGAGGACGAAAAUGGCGGCCGGGAUGAGACACCUGCUGCUCGCUGCUGUAGUCACCCUCUCCCUGGGUUCUGUGGUACGUUCUGAUCACUCUGACUGCGUGAUUAAAAGGGAACAUGAGAAGUGCAUGGAGAAGAUGGCAAGAGAGGAGACUUCUGAAGACCACAGGCUGGGCUGUCCGUGGAUGUGGGAUAAUCUGACGUGUUGGCAGGCCGCAGAGGUUGGAGAGGUCGUGGUGGUGAACUGUCCAGAGCUGUUUGAGUUCAUGAGCCCUGAUGAUGAGCUGGGGAAGAUCAGCAGGAACUGCACAGAGGACGGCUGGUCUGAGGUAUUCCCCCACUACAUCGAUGCCUGCCUGUUUGACGAGAACACCACCAAGCCUGACACGUACUUCGCGUCGGUCAAGGCCCUGUACACUGUAGGUUACAGUACCUCGCUGGUGUCCCUUACCACUGCCAUGGUCAUCCUCUGCAGGUUCAGGAAACUGCACUGCACCAGAAAUUUUAUCCACAUGAACUUGUUUGUGUCUUUCAUUCUGCGAGCUAUAUCUGUGUUCAUCAAGGAUGGUGUGCUGUACGCAGAAGAGGACAGUAACCACUGCUUCGUGCACCCUGUGGCUUGUAAGGCUGUGAUGGUGUUCUUCCACUACUGCGUCAUGUCCAACUACUUCUGGCUGUUUAUCGAGGGACUAUACCUCUUCACCCUGCUGGUGGAGACAUUCUUCCCUGAGAGGAGAUAUUUCUACUGGUACACACUGAUUGGAUGGGGAACUCCCACUGUUUGUGUUACCAUCUGGGCUGGGCUAAGACUUCACUUUGACGACACGGGCUGCUGGGACAUGAAUGACAACACUGCCCUCUGGUGGGUGAUCAAGGGACCUGUGGUAGCGUCGAUCAUGAUUAAUUUUGUUCUCUUUAUCGGAAUUAUAAUAAUCCUGGUUCAAAAGCUGCAGUCACCAGAUAUCGGCGGCAACGAGUCCAGCAUCUAUCUCAGCUGCGUACAGAAAUGCCUCUGUCAGGCCGCGCACGACACCCAUCAGUCGCGCAAGAUGUCACAGCUAUCCGCCAUCACGCUGAGGCUGGCCCGCUCCACCCUGCUCCUCAUCCCGCUCUUUGGCAUCCACUACACCGUCUUCGCCUUUUCCCCGGAGGACGUCAGCAAACGGGAGAGGCUGGUGUUCGAACUGGGCCUUGGAUCCUUCCAGGGCUUCGUGGUGGCAGUCCUGUACUGUUUCUUAAACGGAGAGUUUCUGCCUAAAGGUGCAAUCGGAGAUCAAGAGGAAAUGGAGGAGCUGGACGGUGAACCGGUACUUUGCUGUGGACCUGAAGCAGAGGCAGCCGUCGCUGGCGAGCAGUGGGGUCAACGGGGGGACGCAGCUGUCCAUCCUGAGCAAGAGCAGCUCGCAGAUCCGCAUGUCCAGCCUGCAGGCGGAGACGCUCAACCUCAAUCUGCCUACCUGAGCGCCUGAGGGCCCGCCUCCUGCUGAAGGCCCCACCCCCUUCCCCGCCUCACCCUCCCAGAUGACUCGCUCGGGUCAGAACCGAGACACGCCCACAUCCCACCCCCCAGUAGUCAAUCCCCAUGUAAAAAAAGAUCACGUCACAUUCCUCUCAUUGUCUGGGGGCGGUGAUGUCGUCACAUUGAAACAGGUGACAAAAUACAGGCAAAAAAAUGUGCAUGACUCAGCCGGUUCUGGCUCCGCAAUUGGCUGAAAUCGGAGCUGGAACCUUGCGCCCUUUAAGCGAUAUGGUUGGCUGAGUGGCGUGAAUAUCGCGGUACAUAAGCAGGUCUCCUGUGUUGGAGAGGCUUUCUGCUUGUACAUAUCCUGGUCCAUCUGCAACAGUCACAUUCAGCCCUGGCUUGGUUACAUCCAGCCUGUGAGUGUCUUCGAUUCUGGUCCCUUACCAGCUCUGGAGGGAGUUCCCAGACCAAAGUGGCAGUGUGUGACGUGGCCACCUGGUGGCCUUCAGACACUCUGACAUAUGGUUGCUCACUGCAAGAGAUGAGAGAAUUCAGAGAUGGGAACAAUAGAUUUCAUGUGCCCUGUGUCCCGUUCUCCCCAUUCACUGUCCCCUGUCACUGUCCCCUUUCGCUGCCAUGUUACUGGCCCCAUUCACUGUCCCCUGUCACUGUCUCCUUUCGCUGCCAUGUUAUUGGCCCUAUUCACUGUCCCCUGUCACUGUCUC